UAAGACCGGCGACUGCUGCGAGCCAGAACCCGAUUCUUUCUCCACGAAUCCGCUGAACAAAGCGAAGGGUUCCAUGCUCUUGAGAUUGCACAGAAACAUCACAGCUUGGUGGAGGUAUGACAUUAACCAGGGGCUCCUUCACUUAUUCAAGUGGAGAAGAAUAUACCGGAGAAUGGAAGGAAGGUCGGAGGCACGGUAAGGGCGAGCUGAAGUUUGCCGAUGGCACCUGUUAUAAAGGUCACUUUGAGAAUGGCCUGUUCCACGGAUCAGGGGUGUUAGUCUUUCCCGAUGGAUCCAGGUACGAGGGAGAAUUUGCCCAGGGAAAAUUCCAAGGCGUCGGAAUCUUCAGCAGGUUUGACGGGAUGAAAUUUGAAGGGGAAUUCAAAAGUGGCCGUGUAGAAGGACAUGGACUGCUGACUUUCCCAGACGGCUCCCAUGGUGCUCCGCGGAACGAGGGAGUGUUUGAGAACAACAAGCUUCUGAAACGUGAAAAGUGUCAGGCUGUGGUGCAGAGAGCCAAGAACUCAGCAUCCACUGCCCGCAGCCUCUCUGUAUGACAAACUGACCUCAGUGAGAGCACCCCCUAACUCAGGCCACCCCCGAGUACAUUACGGACUGUACAGUCACUAGUAAAACGAGCAAAUCUGAUUGUGGAUCUGCGUUCAGGGGUGAUCUCUGCCUUCACCACACAACGGAGCU